AUGCUCCGACCGGUUUUCCGCCAAAGCAGAAGGGGCCUAUUCAAGAGCUUGAAAAACGCUCCGCGCUUCAAAGAAGAGAAGGACUCGAAGCACCACGAAUACUCGAUCAGGCCCGAUACUUUUGCGUUUCGUGUGGGCCACGGAGAAAACAAAAACUCAAAGGCACACCCGCUCCAAGACAAGGGAGAAACCCUGUUCAAUGUGAUCGAGUACAUCUACAAAAACGCCACCAACUACCCGUUUGCCAAGAACAGCCCGCAAGAUGUCUUUGACAAGUACCCGGAGACAAACUCUGCCAAGAUGGGCCGCAUGAAGCAUCGGCCCAGGAAAGUGAAGAUGUUGGCGUCGGAUUUCAUCGAGGACUCCUUGUACAACCCCCACUACGGGUAUUUCUCGAAGGAGGUGGAGAUUUUCCACAGCGACGAGCCGUUUGACUACAAUUCCAUUGAUGACGUCGAUGCGUUCAUGGACGCUUGGCAACAGGCGUAUUCCAAGUACGAACAGAGGGAGAAACACACGAAAGAGUCCAAGGCACCAGACUUUGAACCAGAAAUUGCAAAAGAGAGAAUGGACGCCAAACAGGGACAGAACACAAAACAGGGGAACACAAUACAGGAGAAUUCAAAACAUGGACAGAAGAAGCAACAUGGACAGACACAGUCGUUUCUCUCACGCCAGGCCCAGCUUAUCCGCCAGCAGGACCUUGCAGUGGCGUCGAGCCGCAAGUCUCUUCAGUUGUGGCACACGCCCACCGAACUUUUCUCGCCCCAUUACGCCGAAGCCUUGGCCCGGUACAUUGUGGUGAACUACAAACUCAACCAGUACCCGUACCACGACUUGGUGAUUUUCGAGAUGGGCGGCGGUAACGGUACGUUGAUGUGCAACAUUCUCCAGUACAUCCAGCGGCACGAGCCGGACAUAUACCGCCGGACCCAGUACAAGAUCAUCGAGAUCUCGUCUCAGUUGGCUCUGAAACAGUACUCGCAGGCCAUGAAGCUGCGGUUGGUCUCGAGUGGCUUGGACGAGCGCAAGUUGCAGAUCAUCAACAAGUCCAUCUUCCGCUGGGACACUGUGGUGGAAGAACCGUGUUUCUUUAUUGCCCUCGAAGUUUUCGACAACUUUGCCCACGACGUGGUCCGCUACGAUCUGGUCCUGGGUGUUCCUUACCAGGGAUAUGUCCUUGUCGACGAUGCGGGCGACUUCUACGAGUUUUUCUCGCCCCAGCUUUCGCCCGACACCAAUGCGCUCUUGAGUUUGCGUGAAAAUGGGCGCUACCCUGUGUUGCCCCAGCAAAACACCAUUCUGGGCCACGCCAAACGCAUCGCCAGUAUGGUGCCAUUUUACGACAAGAGUGCCAUCCACCCAUUGUUGCAACUGCCAACCAGAUUGCAGUGGUCCAACAAACUUCUCCCCUUGAAAGACAACAUGACCCCAGGCGAGUUUGUGCCCACACGGCUUUUGCACUUUUUCAAUAUCCUCAAGCACAGGUUUCCCAACCAUUCGUUGAUCUCCUCGGAUUUCCACUCGUUGCCCAACGCCAUCCCCGGCUAUUACAAUGCGCCAGUUGUCCAAACGGUUGUGGGUGAUCGCAUGGUUGAUGUUUCCACCUACAUGUGCCACCAAGGUUACUUUGAUAUCAUGUUCCCGACUGAUUUUGCGCUUGCAAGCGACUUGUAUCGCCAAGUCACAGGAAAGUUGGCCAAAGUGGAACUGCAUCGGGAGUUUUUGGAACAGUGGGCCGAUGUGGAUGCAACCACAACGAAGAAGGGCGAAAACCCCAUGCUUGACUUCUACAAAAACGUGAGUUUCAUGGUGAGUUAG